AUGGAAGAAGUGGCGCAUCCUUACGUUCCCAGAGAUCUAAAACUGCCGGGAUACGUACCGAUCUCUAUGUCCAUGUCCACCAUCCUCACCGUCUACCUCGGUGUUUCCCUCUUCGUCGUCACCCUUGUCUGGUUUCUCUUCGGUAAUCGAUUCCCUUCUCUGCAUUGUGAUCUGAUUUCGAAACUAGAUGCUCGAUUUUUUAAGUUGAAUUGA